UCUUGGGCUAGGAGGAGAAAGAGAGGAGUUUUCUUGUGAGGGCUGGAUUAUUAGAUCCCCAUCGGCGUCUGGGAGCGUUGGCGCGUCGUCUCAAAUCUUGUCGCGGCGAUGGCCAGGUGGGGUAUUUGAUCGAUGCCGCCAGGAAAAUCUAGGAAUUCGGCCAGUUUCUCGUCAAGAUCGGGGCUCUAGAUCCAUUUCGCUCGAAAUUCUUCCCUCCCGGAUUGGCAGCUCCAUCGGGAUCCAGAAUUUCACGGAUUUUCUGUUCCCAGCCGAGAAUGCGCACGUAGGGUUUGUCCGGCAGCUCGAGAAGUGCUAUGGCGGGAUGUCUGACGCGGUGGAGGAAGCUGAGCGAUAUUGCGGCCGCCAGGUUCGCUCUGGUGUACGUCUCGAGACCCGAUGCCAGCAUUUCUCGAGAAUCGGGCGCCUAUCAAUCCGUAUCAUGCAAUGCCGCCGCGAGCCCGGCGCUCUUCGGCAAUCCAUUCGGGCUCUCCAAUUCAGCCUGGCUCCACACCACUCCCGCGGUAUCGACGACGCACAAGGGCGACGAGCUAAAUCCCGGGGGCGCCAUGGGAUUGCCCAAAGGAGGCAGGAAGAAAUCGGUGAUACCCCCAUCGCCGCCAUCCUCCACUCCUGUCAGCGAUGCUGUGGAUAAGAAGAGGCAAAAUUCGCUGGUCGAGCAGGAGGGCGAGCGGUGUUGGAGCUUCAGGGCCUCUUCUCGGUGCCCGACUUGCCUGACCGGUUUGACGCUCACUUUUACGUCGAGCUUGCCGGUGUUUAUAUCGGGCAGCUUGCAACAGGGAGGAGGAACCGGCAAGGAUUCGUCCAAAGUGGCCGAGUCUAUGUGCUGCUGCCCGAACUGUGGAGCAUACUGGUCGCUCCCGGUGCCAUGCUACGUACUCAAGGAUCUGGAGAACAAGUUUCCGAGGCGGGGCAAGUCUUUGGUUCUAAGUGAGAGCCAGGCUACUGGAGGAGGACCGUUUGAUUUUGAUAGAGCAAGUGGUGAAGGGUCGAGGAGGUAUGGAGACAAUCCACAGCAUUGGCAGCAGGGCGCUGGAGUGAAUUUGCCUCCGGUGGUAGCGAUGUCUCAGCCACCGUGCCCGCCGUAUCCUCCCAAUACCAACUUGGUGAGAGCGCAGCUUGGAUCGGGAGGAGGAUCUGGAGGGAGUGGUUCGUACGGUGUGAAGGACACUUGGGGUGGCUCGAACUUGGGUAAGGAAUUACCCACGCCGAAGGAGAUUUGUGAUGCUCUUGACAAGUAUGUCAUCGGCCAGGGACGUGCCAAGAAGGUGCUCUCGGUUGCAGUAUACAAUCACUACAAGCGGAUUUACUACGAGACGACGAAGAAGAAUAACUACAAGUCUGAAGGCGACGAUGAAGGAGAUGACAGCGAUGUGGAGCUUGAGAAGAGCAACGUUCUUCUCAUGGGUCCUACAGGAUCAGGAAAAACGCUGUUGGCUAAGACCCUUGCACGAUUUGUAAAUGUUCCUUUUGUUAUUGCGGACGCAACCACUCUAACGCAGGCAGGAUAUGUCGGGGAGGAUGUGGAGUCGAUUCUGUACAAACUUUUGAUGGCUGCGGAAUUUAAUGUUCCAGCAGCUCAGCAGGGCAUUGUAUAUAUCGAUGAAGUUGAUAAAAUAACGAAAAAGGCGGAGAGUCUCAACAUAAGUAGGGACGUUUCCGGCGAAGGCGUUCAGCAAGCUCUGUUGAAGAUGCUUGAAGGAACGAUUGUCAAUGUACCCGAGAAAGGUGCUAGAAAGCAUCCUCGCGGGGAUCAUAUCCAGGUGGAUACGAAAGAUAUUUUGUUCAUAUGUGGAGGGGCUUUCGUUGAUCUGGAAAAGACAGUUUCUGAGAGGAGACAGGACUCGUCGAUAGGUUUUGGAGCACCUGUCCGAGCAAAUAUGAGGGCUGGUGGCCCCUCUAGUGCGGCUGUAACAUCGUCACUUCUUGAGAAGGUUGAGAGUAGCGAUCUUAUAGCAUACGGAUUAAUUCCGGAAUUCGUUGGGAGGUUUCCUGUUCUUGUAAGUCUCGCAGCGUUGUCAGAAGACGAGCUUGUGCAGGUUCUAGUGGAGCCGAAGAACGCUCUUGGGAAGCAGUAUAAGAAAAUGUUUGCAAUGAACAACGUAAGUACACCGUGCUUUCUUUGCAAAACUUCUCUACACGGUGAUGGAUUCUUCUUUCAGGCGCGACUACAUUACACGGAUGGUGCACUGCGAAAGAUUGCUCAGAAAGCAAUGGCCAAGAACACAGGUGCUCGUGGCCUACGUUCCCUCAUGGAACAGAUCCUCACCGAUGCCAUGUUUGAGAUCCCGGAGUCCCAGAGCGCGAUGGAGCGCAUUGACGCCGUGGUGAUCGACGAAGCAUCAGUAGGAACUCCCGAGAACAGUGGCUCGGGUGCCAAGAUCUUGCGUGGAGACGGCGCGUUUGUGCGAUACUUGGAGACACAGGCGGAGGAAGAAUUGGAGCUCGAGAGAGCCGCGAGCAUGUAAAAAUUGAUGCUUUUGUACCAUCACAAAAACACCACCUUGUCUAUAGGAUGAUGAUGAUGAUGCUGAAAGAACAGUGUUUUACUUUUUCACAAACUUCCAUUGUACGGAAUUUUGUGAUUAUUGUAGUACGGUAUAUUUUUUAGCGUUUCCCUUUUAUCGAAA